AUGAAGCGAAAAGAGGGUAGUGUGUUGCGUAAUAAAAGAAAACGAACGAUAGGCUUCAGUCUAGAUCUCAAUCGUCUCCACCUUGCUUUCUUCUCCAAUGUCCGAUUCUCUCACCGAUCUUGCGCCAAAUACAAAUUCGUUACAUCCUAACCCAGGGUUCCAACGAGCAUGGUGGACGGUCCGACGAGUCCAGGCAGUGGUAGCCAUGAGAGUGGCGAGCAUAGCCCUCGCUCUAACGUGCGCGAGUAGGACAGGUACCUCCCCAUCGCUAACAUAAGCCCCAUCAUGAAGAAGGCACUACCUACGAAUGGUAAAAUCGCCAAGGACGCCAAAGAGACUGUUCAGGAAUGCUUAUCCGAGUUUUUAAGAUCAACCUUUCAGACACAAACAAGGAAAAACUGCCACAUGUAUUGAGAUGGAUGGAUUACAUUCAGCACAAGCAAGAAUUUGUAGGUUUAUUUGAGAAAAUAUUGUUGCAGAAGCCUGGAUUUGAGCCCCCGGUAACACAUCCUGUUGGAGUUGUGGAAGCUGAUUUAAAAUCAAACAAGACUGAGCAAAGCGUAAAGAAUGUCAGCAAGUCCGAAGUAGACUCAAGCAAGGAUAAAAACAAAGUUGAGGAUUGAUGGAAAAGAAACAGCCGGAUAAGAUUACACCGGUAUUUUCUUUGCACUCGUUAACUUUGCAUUUUUAAAAUUCAUAACUCAUGUUUUGUUUAAGGGUGAAGAUUUAACAUUCAACAUGAGUCUAAAGGUGGGGAACAUGAGUUUAGUGGUUGCAUUGGAACAGUAUAUCAGCUUCUUUCAGAGAUAAAGUUCCUGGAUGGAUGAAAGAUACUUUUUUUGUGAGUUUGUAUUGUUAAGGCAUAGUAUUUUGUUAUCUUUUGAAGAUCAAUUCUUAUUAUAGUUUAACUAGUAAAUUUUUAUUCUUUUCUUUUAGCCUAUUCUUAUUUUUUUUCUCUUGUUAAAAAUCAUAGUAAUGUUAUAUGGUGCAAUUUAUGGUUUUAGGAGUGUACAAAUAGUUGUUAGGGGUAAUUUCAAAAAUUUUAAUUUUUAUUAUUUUUAUAAUGUGAUUAUUAUUGAGAUUAUUAAAUGCA